AUGUCUUAUAUGCCUCUUAAAUGCGUCUACGUCGUACGCAACUGUCUGGAAUAUGAUUUAAGAAUAAUGAUAUAUGUACUUGAUGGGUGCGGCAGUGAUGCGGUAGGGUGCGGCAAUUCUGUAAUCGGGUGCGGCAAUUCUGUAAUCGGGUGCGGCAAUUCUGUAAUCGGGUGCGGCAAUUCUGUAAUCGGGUGCGGCAAUUCUGUAGUUGGGUGCGGCAGUGGCUGUGCACUACCGCACCACUGCACCGACACCAAACCACGCAUCUUAUCAACUCCACUUGCAGCACCGUUACCAGCAGCUGCGCGAAACUUG